UGUUUGCAUUGAUAUGUUAUUAUUGCUACGCUGUACGUUCUUAAAAAUAUAUUAUUUUCUCUUGUAUAGUUAUUGCCUGCAGGUUUGCGCGCUUCUUUUGAAGGCAUUAGUAGGACUACUUGGAUUUUGAUAAGGCAUGGAUGUAAAGCUUGGCCUAUUCAAGUUGUGGAUGCUGUGAUGCGGAAUGGUUGGCGUGACUUCCGUACAGCUCAUGCCAUAACAACUAAUUAUAGGCUCAUUUUAACAUGUGAGCGGAGAUGGAUUUUUAACGUAAUAAUUCUUGAUCAAAUGAUGUUGAAGUCUCGUAUGAUUGGACAAUGUUACUAAAUGAACAUUGGCGUGAAUUACAUGCUCUCCAGGGUAAUUUUGUGACUGCUUGUCUACCAUCAACAAUUCAACAUAAUCUCCCACUCAUGAAGUCUGGAUAUUGGUGCAUGCCCCAAACAAAUAAUCUCCAGGACUUUCAGAGAAGGCUCCAAAUUGUGCUUGACAAUCUAAAUUUGGAGGUUAUUUCUGUUCGAAUGGGAAAUAGAACCUGGUCAAUAUCUGUUAACAAUGGACAUCUGAAUGGUGCUAUGUUUAAUCAGCUUUUGGAUGCUCUACAACUUCAACUCUAUGACUAUGUGUUCAUUACUAUGUUACCAAACCUUAACAUUAGGGUUGUUGUCCUUGAUGCUACAACUGAUAGAGAGAUGAUUUACGAUUGGCUUUAG